UUUCUUAGUUUCUUGAUUAAAAAUGAACUUUGAAUGUAUGAAGAUUGUAUGCAUGGCGUUUUCCAUAGUGCCUGCGUUUUGCAAUGGAAUCUCCAGCAAGGACUCCCAGUUAGUGGCAAAAACAAUCGGAACUGAAAAUGAAGAAAGGCCGUUUAUCCCAAGACAUGCAUCCUCUACCGCCGGGAACAUAAUGUCAGGGCAUCAUGUGUUAAAACAGUUGAUCAUCCCUGAGGAAAGUUCGGAGGAACAAUUUGUGAGUUUAAUCCUUCAAACAGCGAUCGAAAACGAAAUAAACAAUCUUGAAAAUGCACAAGUUGAAGACAAUGCUUUACCAAGAGAUUUACAUAGUCGUCAAGGGAGACCACUCGUCAGCGAACAACUAAAAGAGGCUUAUUUGGCCAGGAAUUCGGAGGAAAAACCCACACAUAAAAGAAAUUACCCCACGUGGCUUUUGGCACCGCCAUACGUGGACGUCACAAUAUCGCAUCCAACGGACGACAACUCAACGUAUACGGAAAACGUCGCAGUCAGUCCUGACAUGACCGUUAUUGACGCCAUGAUUCAAGCCACGCUGAGUUAUAGGGGACGUUCCGGUUCGGACAUCGAUAUUCCGUUCAACGUGAUGCUUGAUUGGGACGAUACGGAUGACUGCUUUGUAAUCAAACGAGCUUUGGGAAAGAACUCAAGACGACGAGCAGGAUGGUCGCUUACGGUCAAGAAUAUGUUUCAGAAGGAGAUAUACACCGGCAGAUGCAUCCCGUACGAUGAGGUUAUUCUUCGACCAUUUAGCAGUGUUUCGAUCACGUACCAACGAAACCAGACACGAAUGCGACAAAGGGCUAGCAAAGAUGUCAUCCAAAUUUGA